UGAAGAAGACGGCAAUGACAUCAGAGACCGCAGCACGCAGCGCGGCGAUACCUCAGAGAGUCUGCGUGUCGACGCCCCUGGCUCCUCCCACAUGGCCAGUCACAACAGGGAGCUGCAGAUCCUAAGCGUCUACGGAAAAGGGGAGGGCCCACUGGCGGUGGACGGCCAUGACACCCUCUUCGCCGCGUCAGAAGUGGAGGCCUUGAGCUCGCUGUCCGUGGACCGCAGCGUGGCCAAGAGCCUGAACUGCAGCGUGCGGCUGGUCCGCCUUGAGGAGCUGCACAUGAGGACCCGACCAGACGAGAAGCCGUACGGGUGCGACCAAUGCAAGAAGCGCUACAUACGGGAAGACUUCCAGAAGAUCCACAUGAGGACUUGCUCUGGGGCGAAGCCCUACAGCUGUGACCAAUGCACGAAGAGCUUCAGUCGAAGUGAACGCCUGAGGAGCCACAUGAGGACUCACACCGGCGAGAAGCCCUACAGGUGUGACCAAUGCACGAAGAGCUUCAGUCGAAGUGAACGCCUGAAGAACCACAUGAAGACUCACACUGGGGAAAAGCCCUACAGUUGCGUCCAUUGCACAAAACGCUUCGCUCAGCAUAGCGGCCUGUACGUCCACAUGAGGACUCACACCGACGAGAAGCCCUACGGGUGUGACCAAUGCACAAAGAGCUUCAGUCGAAAUGAUAGCCUGAAGAACCACAUGAAGACUCACACCGACGAGGAGCCCUACAGCUGUGACCAAUGCACGAAGCGCUUCAGUCGAAAUGAAAGCCUGAAGAACCACAUGAAGACUCACACCGGCGAGAAGCCCUACAAGUGUGACCAAUGCACAAAGCGCUUCAGUGAUAGCUACGCCCUGAAGAUCCACAUGAGAACUCACUCUGGGGAGAAGCCCUACAGGUGUGACCAAUGCAUGAAGUGCUUCAGUCUGAAAGACACCCUGAAUAAACACAUGAGACUUCACUCUGGGGAGAAGCCCUACAGGUGUGACCAAUGCAUGAAGUGCUUCAGUCGGAGAGAUGCCCUAAAUAUCCACAUGAGGACUCACUCCGGCGAGAAGCCCUACAAGUGUGACCAAUGCCCGAUGCGCUUCAGUCAGAAUAACAUCCUGAAGAUCCACAUGAGGACUCACACCGGGGAGAAGCCCUACAAGUGUGACCAAUGCAGUAAGCGCUGCAGUCGGACAAGCAACCUGAAGAUCCACAUGAGGACUCACACCGGGGAGAAGCCCCACAAGUGUGACCAAUGCACGAUGCGCUUCAGUCAGAAAGGCACCCUGAAGAUCCACAUGAGGACUCACUCCGACGAGAAGCCGUACGGGUGUGACCAAUGCACGAAGAGCUUCAGUCAGAAAGGCAACCUGAAAAUCCACAUGAGUACGCACUCCGGGGAGAAGCCCUACAGGUGUGACCAAUGCGCAAAGCACUACAGUCAUAGCUACACCCUCACGAUGCACAUGAGGACCCACACCGGCGAGAAACCCCACAGGUGUGACCAAUGCAGGAAGCGCUUCAGUCUAAGUGAACACCUGAAGGGCCUCAUGAAGACUCACACCGGGGAGAAACCCUACAGCUGUGACCAUUGCAAAAAGCGCUUCGCUCGGCAUGGCGACCUGAACGUCCACAUGAGGACUCACUCCGGCGAGAAGCCCGACAAGUGUGACCAAUGCACGAUGCGCUUCAGUCAGAAAGGCACCCUGAAGAUCCACAUGAGGACUCACUCCGGGGAGAAGCCCUACAAGUGUGACCAAUGCACGAAGCGCUUCAGUCGGACAAGCCACCUGAAGAGCCACAUGAUGACUCACUCCGGCGAGAUGCCCUACAAGUGUGACCAAUGCACGAAGCUCUUCAGUCGGACAAGCCACCUGAAGAUCCACCUGAGGACUCACUCUGGGGAGAAGCCCUACAAGUGUGACCAACUCACGAUGCGCUUCAGUCAGAAAGGCCACCUGAAGAUCCACAUGAGGAAUCACUCUGGGGAGAAGCCCUACAAGUGUGACCAAUGCACGAUGCGCUUCAGUCAGAUAGGCGCCCUGAAGAUCCACAUGAGGACUCACUCCGGUUAGAAGCCCUGCCUGUUGGUGCAUUGGAACGCCAGCUACAGCGACCCAUCCAA